GUUUUUUUUUUGUCUUACUGUCAAUUCCAACACAGCUCAUUUGCAUUGGAAAUUGCGUUGUACGCUCACUGUUUAUAAAUUUGAGCCAUGGAACUCGAAAAUCUCAAUCCAAAUGUUUAUAAAAAAUCAGAUGACAGAAAAUCGGUUGCAGCUGAUUGGGAUGACAAUAUAGACGACCCAUUUGAUGAACGUGAAAUAUUUGAUCUAAUUCGCCUCAUUAAUGAUCCGGAGCAUCCAUUGACGUUGGAGGAAUUGCAUGUUGUUCAACAAAGUCUUAUUAAAGUUGAUAAUAAAAAUAAUGAAGUAUUCGUCAAUUUUACACCGACCAUUCCGCACUGCAGCAUGGCCACGCUUAUCGGACUAUCAAUUCGAGUGAAAUUGUUACGAUCAUUACCGCCCAGAUUCAAAGUAACCGUCGAAAUAACACCCGGUACACAUUCGUCAGAGUUGGCUGUGAACAAGCAAUUGGCUGAUAAAGAACGAGUUGCGGCCGCAUUGGAGAAUAGUAAUCUUAUAAAUGUUAUCAAUCAGUGCAUUGCCAUCUGAUUACAUCAAAUAUAAUUUAUUCAUUUGAGAAAUAUUUUAACAAUUUUGUUAUUCGGCUACAGUUUAUUGUUGUGUAGCAUAAUUUUCUACACAAAUUUAGUUCAAUAAAUUAAAAACAUAAGAGACAAAUACAUUUUAUUCGUUUAA